AUGUUGAAUCCAGGUACAGGGCUUUUUCCUUACUCAGGCUAUUACAAGGAAGAUAUCGUCGCUUCACAAACGAAAAAAUCCCUGCCACACCCUCAAUUAGAUCAUAAUUUAUCAGUCGCCUCUAACUCAUCGGGCUCUAGUCAUUUCUUUUCUAAAGAAUCAUCUACUGCUCCUCUUCCGAAAGUAGAAUCCAUCGAGCAUCAUUACAAAUAUAGGACUCGUGAUUCCAGAAUGUUUGUUCCUCCAAAGUACCUCCCGACCCCUUCCUACCUAAACCCAGCAUCAACAACCUGUCCAGUUAGUCAUUUGGACAUAAAUAGUGUCGGAAUAAUCAACAGUGAAAGCUCAUUGGAUUUCACCAAUACUGAUGGAACAUACAAGCAGACUGUGUUUAUGAUAAUAUCAAGAACUCCAUUAUCCAAUGAUGAUCCAAAUACUUAUAUUGCUUUACCCCCAGACUAUCAACCAAACAAGUCCAAGGUUUUUGCCAAUUACAAUUUUGCUUUGACCAGUAAUAGUGGUACUCCGGGGGAUGAUAAUACUAACGGUGAAAAGCAAAGUACUCCAGCGACAGAUACUGGAUCAAACUCUGGAUCCCUGCAGCUGAAAUCCGAAGUCGAUGAAAAAUUACCCUUUGGCUCAAAUCUCAACCCUUUAUUACCCGAUCCUUUCAAAUUUGUUCACCUUACUCCUGGAUGCAAUGGACUUUAUUUAAAAAUCAAACUGUCAGAUUUAAAAUAUGAGCAGAUUAAUGUGGAUACUUCACUCGAAAGUGCUAAUAAAAGCAAGUGGGGGUUAAAACUAGGAAUGUCUAGAAGUUUACAAGAAGCUGGGGGAAGUACAAAUAGUAUUAUUCACAAUGAAUAUCUCAAAGCCCCGAAAACAUCGAUUGUUCGGAACUCUUCAACGUUUUUAGCAAGAGCUUUACCAGUGGAGAAUUUUAGUAAAAAAUUGAAUUCUACUGAAGCAGCGGCAUGCAAUUACCACGGAAAAGUAUUCAAUUUAUACAGCAUUAGGCCAAAUACAUCACCAAAGAUAACACACGUUAGAGAAAUUGUUGAUGAUAAUCCUUUAAUGAGAAUGACCUUCACAUCUACAAUAUCGUGCGUCACUUGGAUGUUGACCGGUGCAGGCAAUAACCUUAAACUUGACAUUUUGAUUGGGUUUAUUAGUGGAGACAUCUUUUGGUAUGAUCCAUUCUGCAAUAGGUAUUGCAGAUUUAACAAACAAGGAAAAUUGUUAAGAAAUGCGCCAGUGAUGUGCUUAGAAUGGUGCAGCGGUGGCGAAUAUUUCAUUGCAGGAUUUGGUGAUGGAUCAGUUUUGAGGUUUGCAAGGAGUAAAGAUGAUGAUGACGACCAUUAUUUGCACAUGAUCCAAAAUAGAAAGCAAAUAAACAAGAAUAGUAACAAGUUUAUCAGAAUACUAAAACCAUUUUCACAAAAUAAUUCUACAAGUUUGAAUCCAGUGACUCAUUAUAAAUUAUCAUCAUUACCAAUCACCUCAAUUAGUGUCUUCAAUAAUGCGGCUGCGCCAAUUAGUUAUUUUCAGAAACAAGGUGCCAAUAACUUGCCUCCAAAUGCAUCUUCCAACUCUUUGGUCACAAUCUCACAUCAAAAAAUUUCAAAUUUGAAUAUCAAGAAUCUUGUUAGCAUUACUUGUGAUGAUGGAUUCCUUCGAAUUUUCGAUAUUGUUAAUGAAAAUUUAACAGAGGUGAUACCUAGUUAUUUCAGCAGUCUCACAUGCUCUGCGUGGUCUUUUGAUGGAAAAUAUCUAGCCACCGGGGGACAAGAUGAUCUAAUUAGUAUCUUUGAGGUGUCAAACAUUCACCAAGCUUCGUACACAAGUAAUACCUCUAAUGCUAAUCUGCCAGUUAGAAGUCACUGGACUGGUGCAAAUAAUAACACUAACUCUCGUUCUGCUACUGCCACACAUUUGUCUCCCCAAUUUAAGUUGGUCGCACGCCUAGAGGGCCACUGUUCCUGGAUUAGAAGUAUCAAAUUUGAUGCUCUCAAAUCUCCUCCAAGUUUAAUUGCCACGCCAGUGAAUUAUCGUCUUGGAUCUGUAGGGGAUGAUGGAAAAUUCUUGCUUUGGGAUUUCUCUCCAAGACUUUUACCCAAGCCUCAAAGUGCCAAAUUAGUCAACAAACAAAAGUAUCAUCAUCAUCAUCAUCAUCAUAACCACGCCCAUAAUGGAAGUAACGCAAGACCAGGAAAUAGAAAGAGAAGUAAUACUGCUGGCAGUAGAAAACGCGAUGGUGGAGGUAUCAUUUUGCCGCUUAAUAAUGCUGAUCAGCCACGUUCAUUGGCUCAAGCAUUAUCAACCUAUGCGAAAGCCACAAGUAGUAAUGCUAACACCAAAUCACCGGGGUCUCCAUCGGCAAGCCCGUCAGUGCAGACGAUUAUUCAUGAUAGUGUUCCCAAGAACGCAGUUCCUUUCGUUCAACCGGUAGUAGUUGUUGAUUGUGGGAUUGGCAGGCUCUCUUCACUACAAUUCACUGAUGAUGGUAUAUGGGUUAUUGCAGCUGGAGGAGAUAUUCGUAAAUGGGAUCGACCAAAAAAUUAA